CGUGCGCGCUGAGAGCCCGCGGGGCGGGGCUGGCGCUCACCCUGGUAACAGCACCGCUGCGGGGCCGCGCCCUGCCGAGGCCUCCACCCCCCCCCACCAUGCAGGGCGAGGACGCCCGGUACCUCAAGAGGAAAGUAAAAGGAGGCAACAUAGAUGUGCAUCCAUCUGAGAAAGCCCUCAUUGUCCACUAUGAAGUGGAAGCAACGAUUCUGGGAGAGAUGGGAGACCCCAUGCUGGGGGAGCGCAAAGAAUGUCAGAAAAUCAUUCGGCUAAAGAGUCUUAAUGCAAAUACAGACAUUGCUUCCCUGGCUCGAAAGGUGGUUGAAGAAUGCAAGCUCAUUCACCCCUCCAAACUUGCAGAAGUAGAACAGCUGUUGUACUACCUGCAGAAUCGCAGAGAUGCCUCAGCGGGAAAAGAAAAGAAAGAGAAAUCCAGUAAGCCAAAAGAUCCACCCCCAUUUGAAGGAAUGGAGAUCGAUGAAGUUGCCAAUAUCAAUGACAUGGAUGAGUACAUUGAGUUACUGUAUGAGGACAUUCCUGACAAGGUGCGUGGCUCUGCCCUCAUCCUGCAGCUGGCUAGGAAUCCUGAUAAUUUGGAAGAACUGCUUAUCAAUGAAACUGCCCUGGGUGCAUUGGCUAGAGUGCUGAGGGAAGACUGGAAACAAAGUGUGGAACUUGCUACCAAUAUAAUUUAUAUUUUCUUCUGCUUUUCAAGUUUUUCUCAAUUUCAUGGAAUAAUCACACACUACAAAAUUGGAGCUCUGUGUAUGAAUAUCAUAGACCAUGAACUGAAGAGACAUGAGCUUUGGCAGGAAGAACUUGCUAAAAAGAAGAAAGCUGUUGAUGAAGAUCCUGACAAUCAAACCCUGAAAAAGGACUAUGAGAAAACUUACAAGAAAUAUCAAGGGCUGGUUGUCAAGCAGGAACAGCUACUCAGAGUUGCACUUUACCUGCUCCUAAAUCUUGCUGAAGAUACUCGCACUGAGCUGAAGAUGAGAAACAAGAACAUUGUCCAUAUGUUAGUGAAAGCGCUGGACCGUGAUAAUUUUGAGCUGCUUAUCCUGGUUGUAUCUUUCUUGAAGAAACUCAGCAUUUUUAUGGAGAACAAAAAUGAUAUGGUUGAAAUGGAUAUUGUUGAAAAACUUGUGAAAAUGGUACCCUGUGAACAUGAAGACCUGCUGAACAUCACUCUUCGACUCUUACUAAAUCUCUCCUUUGACACAGGCCUGAGAAAUAAAAUGGUACAAGUUGGUCUGCUUCCCAAACUCACUGCACUUCUAGCAAAUGAAAACUACAAACAAGUAGCAAUGUGUAUUCUGUAUCACAUAAGCAUGGAUGAUCGCUUUAAAUCAAUGUUUGCGUACACAGACUGUAUACCACAGUUAAUGAAGAUGCUUUUUGAAUGUCCUGAUGAGCGAGUUGACCUGGAACUUAUUUCUUUCUGUAUUAACCUUGCUGCUAACAAAAGAAACGUACAACUUAUCUGUGAAGGAAAUGGCUUGAAAAUGCUAAUGAAGCGGGCUUUGAAAUUUAAGGACCCAUUGUUAAUGAAGAUGAUCAGGAAUAUUUCACAACAUGAUGGGCCAACUAAAAGCCUGUUUAUUGACUAUGUUGGUGAUUUAGCAGCUCAAAUAUCAAAUGAUGAAGAAGAGGAAUUUGUGAUUGAAUGCCUGGGAACACUUGCAAAUUUGACCUUACCAGAUCUGGACUGGGAACUUGUGCUGAAAGAGUACAAACUGGUUCCGUACCUCAAGGAUAAGCUAAAACCAGGUUCUGCAGAAGAUGACCUCGUUUUAGAAGUGGUGAUAAUGAUUGGAACAGUUUCUAUGGAUGACUCUUGCGCUGCUCUGCUGGCUAAAUCUGGGAUCAUCCCUGCACUCAUUGAGCUUCUAAAUGCUCAGCAGGAAGAUGAUGAGUUUGUCUGCCAGAUCAUCUAUGUAUUUUAUCAGAUGGUCUUCCACCAAGCCACCAGAGAUGUCAUUAUCAAGGAAACACAGGCUCCAGCUUAUCUUAUAGACCUGAUGCAUGAUAAAAAUGCUGAGAUUCGCAAAGUUUGUGACAACACUCUGGAUAUUAUAGCGGAAUAUGAUGAGGAAUGGGCUAAAAAAAUCCAGAGCGAGAAAUUUCGGUGGCACAACUCUCAGUGGCUGGAGAUGGUGGAGAGUCGGCAGAUGGAUGACAGUGAGCAGUAUCUGUAUGGUGAUGAUCGCAUUGAGCCCUACAUCCAUGAAGGGGAUAUUCUGGAAAGACCUGACCUCUACUACAAUGCAGAUGGCCUAAUAGCCCCUGAUGGAGCGGUGAGUCCGGAUUUCUUCAGUGAUUACCAUCUUCAGAAUGGAGACCUUGUCGGGCAGCAUCCCUUCUCUAGCAGGUUUGGAGCAGCAUGCAAACAGAUUGUAAGCAUCGGAGUUGAUGGAUUUGGUCAAUCACCAGGGGUUCCUGGCCGCCCAGCCACUGCGUAUGGAUACCGCCCGGAUGAACCUUACUACUACAGCUACGGAGCACGAUAAAACAGCCCGCUCUGCAGUCUAGGAUGCUGCCACCUGCCCUGGAGGAACCAGUGUGUGCAUGGCCGGCAGUAGAUCUAUCCCUUGGUAAUGCAUGAUUGUACCACAGUGGGUCCAUCAUUAUGUAUCCUUUGGCGUGUGUAGUUCCAGAUAAACCUAGCAUUUCUGGGUCCAGUGUUUUAGUGACAGUGUUUACUCUUUGCUUGCUCUUUGUUAUCAUUUUUGUACAGUAUUUGCUCUGUGACUUGAAAGCAAGAAUUGGAAAGCUACUGGACUGGAAAAUGUCACUUUAUGUAUAUUAAGCUACUAAUUUAAUUUCUAUUAAAUACAAAAACCUGUGGGGUCAGCAGUGGUGAAUGUGUUUCUAACCAAUGUUUCAUUUGUUUUACAAGGCAUUUAAGAAUGCUUCACGUGAAGUGUGUUUAACAUGGACUGUUUCCCUCUAACACUUAAGUAACAGGAACACUGUUAAGACCCAGCAUCUCCUGGCACUACCCUGACGCAUAGUUACCAAAGUCCAGUCCUGGGUCUGAAGACUUUAAUAAUGGAAAGAUGGCACAGAUUUGCUCCCCUGGAGCUUCAAACAUUUACAAUGUACUUUAAAUGCUUGAAAACACUUAAAAUGAGAAACUACACUACAACAGGAUACCUUUACUAUAGUGUUUAAAUAGAGUUCUGUGGGCUGAGAGGAGACAGCCACAUCCUGAGGGCUAGCAAGAGAAAAAAACACUGUAACUUGGUUCAGAAUCCAGAUGCAGAGCCUUUCCCCCAGCUUCCCCAUCCUAAAAUACAAAUGCAUCCUGUCCUGCUUGUUCACAGGCUUUAGGUUGGAUCUAAACACCAAUCAUUGACUGAGCAGCAGAGACAGGCCAAGACACCUUCAUGUUGGACUUGCGAUGUGGUGAUUGCAUUAAGCCAUGUUUUGAAACAUGCUACAUGUAAACAGAGUUUAGGCUAAAGCUAUUCUUAAGUUGUGCACCUGCACCCAUAAGAGACAAGAAAGCGUACGGAAAUGCCCUCUCUGCCAGAGCCAUCAAGACAGCAGUUCAAGUUUUCAUUUUUUAAAAGAAAAACUACUUCUACCCCAUCAUUUUUUUAUUUUUUUGUUUUAAUGGCUGUUGAUUUUGUCAAUUGUUCCUUUCCUCUUUUAUCCCUCAUUUCUGGCUUAAACAGAAAAUAGACUGGCAUUGGGGGCCGAUACUACAACAGUAGCCAGUAAUCCCAUAAGACUGGUGUAUGUGCUAGGAAGGUGAUCUUCAAAGGUGUGGGGUUGUUUAGGAUGUUGACAGGCUAUUAGUCUUACACUUUAAAAAUAUCUUUGAAAUCAAGAUUUUUUUGAAACCUUGCUUUAUCUUUUAAAAGUGUGCAGGUACUUUUAUAUGCACUGUUACUCACUAUGUUUCAUAAUGCGUGACUGGAAAUGAUUCUAAAAUUAGCCAUGGUAUUUCUUAGCAGUUUUCAGCCUCCUCCCUGUGCUGGCUUCAUGUUCAUGGCUUCACUUACUGCAGGUAGGUGGAAGAACAGCAUUGCCAAGAUAAACUAGUAUUUUUUAAAAUCCUUUUCGAUACAAUUUUUAACUAAUUCUUAUGCAGUUUCUUAGAAAAUACAAGAUCUUAGUAGAAACACUGCAGAAAACUUGAAUUAAACUAAUGGGUUUCCAGUGUCGUACCUUUCUAGAUUCUUUCCAUUGGUCUGAGUCCACACUUUAUCUGCCCAGCAGUUGUGCCACAUUUAGUCAAAAGCUUUCAGAUAUUUUUAUAGUUAUAGCUGUGAGAGAAAUUACCCAAACUGCAUAUUCAGACACAGGCUUUUCUUUUGAGACUGGCACUCCCUCAUCAGGCUUUUCCAGAAAAUUAGUGUGAAGUUAUUUAAAGCAGUUGCCCUUCUCAUGGAAUGUGGUUUGGGG